GUUUCGAUAGGUAUAUAUAAGAAAGAUAUAAAAGGUUCCAAUAAAACAGUAUACUAAUAAUAAUAAUCCUACUACUAAUUCUAGUGUAGUGUAUUAACCGAAUAGAAAGAGACUAGGUGUGUGAACACCAGGCACAUUUUAACGUGGUGUACGUGCCUAUUUCGUAUUUUUUGGUGUACCGGUGUUCCUCCUCCAGAAAUGUAAAUCAGGAACCAUGGGAUUCCGUUUAAUCAUAAAUCAGGGUAAAAUAAUAAACGUUGGUACAUCGACAUACAUGUGCGUUGGGCUUGACAUAACCGGCACCACCACCACCGGCAGCAACAUCGACAAGAACAUGAACUGGUGCCAGAGGAACAGCAGCAGCAGGUGCUAACCGUGGGAGCAGACAGGCGGAUAGUCAAACAUUUUGUCUCAGAAUUACAAAAACCGAACACUAAUAAACCAC